CCUGAACGGGCGUCUCGGCGGGAGAGUACACGUCCGUGGACACAUCCUGUUUCCCUAAAUUCGGCGUCAAUUCGGGUCCCGGUGGCGGAGUGUAAGACGGCGGAGGCGCGGACGCGGCUAUCACGUUUCCCAUUAUUUGCACGUUUAUUUAUUAUCGGGACGACUAAUUCGGGACGAUACGUCACGCGUUCUUCUCGGUCCUGUCAGUUUAACUAGAUAUUUCGGCUGCGCCGGGUGCCUCAGCUUUUGAUUUCCACGUCGGAGAAACGAGAAGAAACGGGCCGGACACGAGCCUUUACGGGUUAUACACGAUACAGCGUGUUUCACCGUAAGUCGCCAUUUGUACAGGGGGCGAAGUUCCUUUCGUGAACGCGCUCGGCGCUAGUCGCGCGACGCCUGCCAACCCGAUUGAAGAUUCUAGUGAAAGAUUCUAGACGGGAGCGUUUCAAUGGAAACCGGAAAUGAAGCGACGAAUUCUGCUGUCAAUAAGGCCGGAUCUACAAAGUCAAGAAUUCAAGAAUGAGGGAAAUAAUCACGGUCGUAUACGCGUAAAACAAUAAUAAUUAAUACAAUAUAAAUACAAUACAAUAUAUUAAUAUUAAUACAUUAUAUUAAUAUUAAUACAAUUUUACCGUCGUAAAAUUACAAACACGUGACACGUGUUGUUACAUCUCGUCGAAAUGGGCGAAAAUUUAUAAAAAAAGAAACAGUGUAAUAUUGUACAGAAAUUGUAAUCAGCUGUUUUUGUUACAUGAUUUGCAGCAAACUGUAGCAAAAUAAUUUGCAACUGGUUUGUUGAACAACUUUUGAUGACUUUGUUGGUAGAUGAAAACUAACAACGAAAGAAAAGGAAUAAUUAUUUAAAACUUAAAUAUGAUUCGAGAUACUUUAGGAAAAAUAAUAUUUAAUACAGGAAGAAGUUAUUUGAAACUCGUAAAGAGAGCUAGAACUUUACAUUCUGUCUCGAGCAGUCAGAAAUUCAUACCUCCAAAGUCUAAAUCUGAAACAUUACCAAUUUUUCAAUAUCCAAUAAGUCAAGAAGAUACUCGCAGGGUUUACGUAUGGGGUCUUGCAAAUCACGGAGCUCUUGGAGAAGUAAGAACGUUAAAAAAAGAACAGCUUUCAUAUCUUUCAAAACCAAAAAGAUUAUCCUUUGCUGAACGAUAUAAAGUGACAGACAUUGCUUGUGGAUAUGGUUUUACAAUUUGUGCUGUACAUUUUCCUGAUAAAAAUGUUGUUUAUGGAACUGGAAUAAAUACGGAUUCACAACUUGGUUAUAGUGAUUUUGACAAAAAAUUUCCUAAUAAUAUGGUGUUUAACCUAAGACCAAUACAUUUGCCAUUAAAGAAUACUUCGACAAAAAUUAUAAGUAUGGCUGCUGGAAGAGCACAUUCGUUAAUAUUAACAACAGAAGGCUUGUUUACAUUGGGUAAUAAUGCAUAUGGCCAAUGUGGUAGGCCAAUUAUAUUGAAUGAGAGUUAUGAGAAAAGUAUGGUUAUUCAUCAUAUUCCUGAUAUUAAAGGAAAUAAAAUUACUGCAGUAGCAGCUGGUCAAGAUCACAGCAUACUCUUGACAGAGAUAGGUGAGGUAUAUACAUUUGGCUGGGGUGCUGAUGGACAAACAGGUCUUGCGCAUUAUCGAAAUGAACAUCGACCAAGUUUAGUUAAAGGUGAUCUGGCAGGACAACAUAUAAUCAAAGUUGCUUGUACUGCUGAUUGUGUAUUAGCUCUUAGUGAUAAAGGGAAAGUCUAUGGAUGGGGUAAUUCAGAGUAUGGACAAUUAUCAAUUAAAGAAGAUAGUUACCAAGUAAAUAUUGCUACAGAAUUAAAUAUACCUAAAAAAUUAGGACAUAUUAUAGACAUUGCAACAGGUGGAUGUUUCUGCAUGAUUUUAAACAAUGCUGGUAAUGUCUAUGUAUGGGGAUAUGGCAUACUUGGUCUUGGUCCUCAAGUGCAGAAAGUAUUUAAACCAACUAGGAUUCCUCCUACAUUAUUUGGCAAUAAUGAGUAUAAUCGUGAUAUCAAGGUAACAAAAAUACAUUGUGGAAUUAGUCAAUUAGCAGCACUGACCAACUCAGGCGAUUUAUAUAUGUGGGGUGGUAAUAAAUUUGGAUCUUUAGGAUUAGGACACAUGAAGGAUCAAUUUUUUCCUUUAAGGGUAGCGGUAGGAGCUAAAGUAAAAAAAGUUGCCUGUGGAGUGGAUCAUACAGUGACUCUUUGUAAACCUUUUAUUUAAAAAUACAUUUUUAUUAUAUGUCAAGGUA